CACCCGGCAGUGACCACCCCAGUUCACAGCACAGCAGGCAUGCUUCCCUCUCGAUUCUUUCAAACUCACCAGGAAAACCAACCAUCACCAUCAAAGAAACUCAAGCAAGACCAUCCAACACUAACACCAUCAUCAACCCAAGAACAAGAACAAGAACUACCCUCACUUAGCCAACUCAUCGAACUACCAUCCGCCAAAAAACAAAGCCAAACAAAGACACCACCAUCAUCAUCAAGUAGCCACCAUCAUGAAGCACAUCAGCAACCAAUCCAAGCCAAGACUGCGUCCGAACAACAAAGACCACCUAGCAAGACCCGACUGGCUCAAUUCCUAAACACACGACUAGCAGAUCAAGCCCAAUCACUACCAUCCUCCGAUCAGACCAAGAGUUUCCAAGCCAAGAUUGCCGCCAGAGCCUCCAAGUCAAUCAAAUGGGAACAACCGCAGAGCAUAUGGGAGCCAGGAGCCGAGCAGAAGAAACCAAACAACGGGUACCAUCCUUCUGAGAAACAGAACUGCCCAACAGUUGACAAGGAUUCACACGAUGAUGACGAAGAGGAUGAUGAAGACGAAGAAGAAGAAGAAGAAGAAGAGAAGCCGAAGAAUAAGGCUAAACUUAAAGGAAAACAGAAAAAUCAACAGACUGUCAAAUUAACCCAGUUGGAGCAGCAAUGGGCCGAAUUCAAGAAGCAGUAUCCCAACUUGGUUAUUUUCAUGGAGGUUGGAUACAAGAUUCGACUCUUUGGCGAAGAUGCAGUCCUAGCAUCCCAAGUGCUUUCGAUAGGACAUCUAGCAAUCCCAGGCCGAGAGACGGCGUAUUUUCCAAAGACCAGUCUGUAUAUCCAUAUGAGUCGGAUGGUCAUGGCAGGACACAAGAUCGGACUGUUUGUGCAAUCAGAAACGCGCUCGUUACGAAACACGGAGCUGGGAGAGAAGGGGAAGAAAGCACGGGUAUUUGGCCGACAUCUUGCGGGCGUCUACUCGCUCUCUACGUGGACGGAGAGCGAUCCAAACCAGGCCCUUGGCAUAACGGAUAGCGAGACGGGACUGGCUCAGAAUUGGAUCGUCAGCUUCCAUGCAUCCUCACCAGCAACCAGACAUCCGCAGAGGGAGGAAAAGGUUCAGCUGAGCAUGGCCGCCAUCUGUCCCCAGAACGGCGAGAUCGUCUGGGACAGCUGGCUCGACGACCCCAUCCGCUCCAUGCUCGAGACCCGGAUGACUUACUUGAGACCCGUCGAAAUCCUCGUGCCCUUGAGCGGCUUGGAUGGCCCCAGCGAGAAGCUGAUCAACUGGCUCAUCAAGGAUCCUCUAGCAAGGUCCUCCGUCAAGCCACGUCUCGAGUCUACCGAUCACGACUACACCCCCCAGUCCGCUUACAAAUUGGUCUCUAACUUCUGUCAGCCACCCAAGCGGAAAUCGAAAGCCUCAAUGGCGUCUCAAGACAAAGGAAAUCCAGUCAGCGAAGGAGACUCGACUGAGCCCGAGUUCCUCCACCACAUUGUCGAGCUUCCAGACGGCGUUCUGAUCGCCUUGGCCGGCUUGAUCGUGCAUAUGAAGUCGUAUCAGCUUGAGUCCAUCUUCCGUCAGCCCGGACAAUUCAAAUCUUUCAUCAAUCAAAGCUACAUGAUCCUGGAUGCCAACACGUUAAAGAACUUGGAAAUCUUUGAAAACUCAACCGAUCGGACUGAGAGAGGCUCCUUGUUUUGGGUCCUUGAUAGAACAAAAACCGCGAUGGGAAAACGGAUUCUUAAGCAAUGGAUAGGCAAACCAUUGGUUGACCAAAGGAUCUUGAAAGAACGUGCAGAUGCGAUUGAGGAAAUAAUCGUCAGUCAAAACCAUCCGAUCUUGAUCAAGAUGAGACGGAUGUUGGGCAUGAGACUUCCCGAUCUAGAGAAAUCUCUGGUCAGGAUCCAGUACGGAAAGUGCACGGAGAAAGAGCUACUGAAAUUUCUGGAGGUGAUGGUGGAGUUGACGGCGACCUUUGGGAGUCCGUCCUCGGCUGGCAGUGGGAAGAGGAUGUUCAACUCCAGUCUGUUGCAGGGGAUCUUCGAGGUCUUCUCGGCCGUCCGAGAGCAGACGAUUGAGUACCGCUCCGAGCUCAAUGCUAAGGCGAUCCUCAAGGGAGAGUACGAGGACAUGUUCACCAACGCCGAUGAGCUCUAUCCCGACUUGACCGACUUGAAAGACUGCCUUUCGUGCAUCCAGGCUGAAUCGGCUGAGCAUUUGCAAGCUUGUCGGAUCACUCUUCAAAAUCCUAAGCUGGAAUAUGUGACUAUUGGUUCGGAUGAGAUGUUGAUUGAGGUGCGUCACCAACAAUUAGACCGGGUGCCGGAGAAUUGGACGAAAUUCAGCAGCACACGAGCAGUACAACGGUUCCGGACGGCAGAAGGGCAGCGAUUAUUAGCCGAACGGGACAAGUAUCGGGCCCUGAUAGUCCGAAGGAGUCGGGGGUAUUUUGAGGGCUUCCUGGAGUCGAUGGAGGAAGCCUAUGAUGGGUUCCGGGAUGCCGUGAACAGGCUGGGUCUGAUCGACUGUCUGCUUAGUCUGGCAACCGUGGCCGUCGAGAACAGAUACGCUAGGCCGCGCAUCGUCGAGCAUCCCGCAAUCGAAAUCCGCAACGGCCGUCAUCCUAUCGUCGAACAAAUCAUCGACAAUCCCCUCGUCCCUAAUACUUGCUCAUUCACUCAAAACGGCCUCUCUACUAUGAUCUUGACGGGCAAUAAUAUGGGCGGCAAGUCGGUGACCGCUAAGAUGAUUGGUUGCAUUGUUCUUUUAGCGCAAAUAGGCAGUUAUGUACCGGCGGAAAGGGCAAAGAUCGGUCUCUUUGAUGGCUGUUAUACCCGGAUGGGGAUGUCCGAGGAGCUCGCACAAGGCCGAAGUGCGUUCAUGGUCGAGAUGAACGAGGCCGCGAAGAUCAUGCGGACGGCCAGCCCACGCUCCUUGGUCAUCAUCGACGAACUCGGCUACGGCACUAGCACUUACGACGGACUGGCUAUUGCUAAUGCGGUCCUCAACCAGCUCGUCUCUUCUAUUCGGUGCUUUACUAUCUUUAUCACCCAUUAUCCUCAAUUGAACGAACUUGCAAUCAAGUACCCCGAACGGGCGAAGAGCUACCACAUGAAGUUCCUGGAAAGCCAAGGUAGCCUGAAGGCAGAAGAAGGGGAAGGAGAAGACGACGCGGGCUGGAUCACGUUUCUGUACAAGCUGACGCCGGGCCUUGCAACCAAGAGUCACGGAAUCCAUGUCGCUCGGCUUGCGGGCCUUCCGACGUCUAUUCUCCAUCAGGCCCGGCUCAAAUCUCGGCUCUUGGAGGAGUCCGUCGGUCGUAAGAAACACACUCAUACGGCUUCGUUGAUCAAAGACCUUCUCCUCUCUCUAUCUUCGUCUCCAUCUUCUGAUGCUGGUGCUGAUGGCCAGAAGAAAACAAUUAAUAAUGGUGGGUCAGAGGCGGCGGCCGAGGAGAUGGCGCUUGUGUCUCGCGCAGAAACGCUGCUCUCGACUCUCUGUUUGUCGUCCGGAAUAGAGUGA